CUGAUCAUCCGGUCAGACUGAACUGUUCAACGGCUUAUCUUCCAUCUUAUUCAGCUGAACGCCUUGCUGCCAAGUGUAAGCAGCCUCGUCUCCAUCUCUGCCUUACUGGGUAGCGGAGUGAGACCAUGAAUCGCCUGUUCAACUGGCUUGGUAUCAAUGAUCUACUGGAUGAAAUCGAAAACCCCCAGACAUGUAUCAGUGCAUAUAAGACGGUCAUGGCCAGCGCGGAUUUCUUCUGAUCCAUACUGGGAAUAAGCCACUGAGCAAAACUUCAACAUGCCGGUCAUCCAACCAGGAGGUCUUAUUCUUGUAACAGGCGCAAACGGAUACCUCGCCGGUGUCGCCAUCCAAAAGUUCCUUGACGCUGGCUACCGCGUCCGCGGCACCGUCCGCAAUGCAUCAGCUCAUUCGUGGAUGCCCCCGCACUAUGGCCACAACUUUUCUCUGAUCGAAGUCCCCAAUAUGUCGUCUCCCGGCGGUUUAGACGAAGCAGUAAAAGGCUGUGACGGCAUCGCUUACAUGGCGUCCCCCACCAGCGAGGCCUAUAACCCCGAUCCGCAGGCCGCGAUCCCACCCGGCAUACGCUGCGCCCUGUCUCUCCUCGAGUCGGCCGCCAAAGAACCCAGCGUGAAAAACAUAGUCUGGACCAGCAGCCAAGCCGCUGCCAUCACGCUCACCGCCAACAAGAAAUACCACGUCACGCCGGACUCGUGGAACGAAGAAAGCAAAGCCGCGUGGGACAUGCCCGUGGUCCCGACCUUCCGCCGCAUGAUCUUCAACUACAUGUGUGCCAAGACAGAAGCCGAGCAACAGAGCUGGCAAUGGGUGCGCGAACACAAGCCACAUUUUACCUUCAACACUGUGCUGCCCAAUGUCAAUUUUGGCACGGCUGUGCGGCCCGACAUGACGGGCUUCGGUAGCUCCGCCGCCCUGCUCAAGGUGUUGUGGUGCGGCAACGCGUUGUCUGUUGACCUCAUUCCGCCGCAGUGGUUCGUCGACGUCGAGGACACCGCGCUGCUGCACCUCGCAGCGCUGACGCAGCCCGACGUGCAGAACGAGCGUAUCCUGGCGAUUGCAGCGCCCUACUGCUACAACGACGUGCUAGACAUUUUCCGCAAGAUAGCGCCAGACCACCAGUUUCUCGGGCGCGUCGACGAGGUGCUGGAUUGCGGGACUGUGGAUAACACGCAUGCUGAGGAGCUGCUGAAGAGGAUGAAGAAUGGGGCUGGCUGGGCGUCGCUCGAGGAGUCGGUGCGCAAGUGGAGCGAGUGGAUGCUCGAGGCGGAAAAGGCGGAGAAAGAAGGUAAAAAGUGGCCUGAAAAUGCGACGGAUGAAAUAGCUAGGAUGUUCGAGGGGGCGCCCAAGGAGGCGAGAAGUCUCUAUGGGUGAGCUUGUAGUAGCGUAUAUUCAGAAACUCGUGUUUCAAAUCAUAGCUCUUAAUUAAUAUACCAUUUA